AGCCCUGGCAUGGCCUUCUGGCUCCUCACCCCGUGUCAGCUCCAUGGCCAGUCCUGUGGAGGCGUCUCCAGGCUGUGCCAGUGGGUUGGGUCCCCAUCGGAGGAAGAGGACCACUUUCAGUGCCGGGCAGUUGCUGGAGCUGGAGAGGGCAUUUGCAGCUAGGCCCUAUCCUGACAUCAGCACCCGUGAGCACCUGGCUCAGGUAACUCACCUGCCUGAAGCCAAGAUCCAGGUGUGGUUCCAGAACCGGCGAGCCAAGAGAAUCAAGGACAGAAAGCCAGGAGCCCUAAAUUCCAGGCUGGAGCUUCCCCCAAACUCCUGUUCUCUUCCAGACACUCCUCAGCUACCUUGGGACCCUGGAACAUCAAGCUAUCCUCUGCACCCUACCAGUUCAGCUCAGUAUACUUCAGCAUGCCCACCACAGACCUCCUGCCUAGGACCCAUUUUGGGUCCAGGGCAGAGUUGGUCAGGGGCUAAAGUGGCAGCCCCAUGGGGGACAAGUAGAGCUUCAGGGAUUCACUCUUCUUUAGAGCAAAUUGUUCCUCAGACUUCACUGGGCAACCUGUCUGACCUUAUCUAUACCUCAGCCAUCGUCACCAAUGUAGACCACUUCUAAUUUAGGUGUAGAGCUUUUAAGACUUGGCUCUGGCCUUGUAGCCCAUAGGACAGAGCACAUAAGAGAACUCCUGCCUCUUUUUUGCAGUGUUUGCUAACAGUUUGGCUCAGGGACUCCCACCCCCAUCCCUAGUCUCCACCAGUUUAGUUGAGGUCCUGUGACUGGAGCCUGGCUCCUAUAACUCGGCAUCCUGGUCCUUUUGGGGACAUGAGCAUCAGGAGGUACUGUUAAAGUGAGGGACUAUAUUUUCCACCUUUACUGACAGGUUUGGGUCCCCAACUCCUAUUAUCUUAGCAGAAUGAUCUCUUUCCUCUAAAGGGUUAGCCACCAGUCUAAGAGGGCCCUUCAGGAUCUCACAUAUGUGCCAGGGGCAGGGUACUGGACUGCUGGGACCCACAUUUUCAUGGUUCAGGGCCCCAUUGCCUGACUUCCUGCCACCUGGACAAAUUAAUCAGAACUGUGGAUCUGAAGAGAGAGUGAUAUUAAAGUUACAGAAAUAGAAGCCUGGGUCUUAGGUUGAUUGAAUUUCCCCAAAGAUCAGAUUGGCUGCCCUCUGAUGUGGGCUGCGGGGACAACCUAAUAGAACUGGGGGGUGGGGGUGGGGUGUGUGGUAUCACUGGCAUCUGUAAUACCAACUAAUCUCCAAAUAAAACAAAACUCUUCGCUUUAA